UGUGCGCAGGAAUGAGACGCCGACACUACGCACAAUAAACCAAACAAAGUUUAUUUAUACAAGGACUUGUAUUCUUCACAAGUUAUUCCAUAUACUGCCUCGUAGAAGAUCGUACCAACUGAUUGUUACACUUUUAAUAACCAAGGCAAACUGCCUGAGAGAUAAGUUAAGAAACAUCCGGAGAGCACCAUUUUUUCGGUUAAGUUUUCUCGAGGAUGACAUAACCGUUGCGAAUCAAUUACGCUGGAAGCUUGGUGAAUCGCUCCUGGCGUAAUACGGUUCAAAUCGACUGUGGACAUUUGCCGUUCUGACGUGGAGGCGCCAAAAGCCGAUCGCAUCAUGCGUACAUACACAAACGAACAGGCCUUCAGUUUCUACAUAAUUCACUGCUGCAAUUAUGACACUCGGAAUAGCGACGGCCCGAAAUUGACAGGACAAUAGACAACGCCGGGGAUAUUACGAAACAACAGAACUGCGAUUCAACGAUCAAAUCCAUAUCGCUGCCUCCCAAAAUUUCAGGUUUAGCAAUGACAGCGCCGGCGAUCGGUAUCGAUCUUGGUACGACCUAUUCCUGCGUCGGGGUCUUUCGUCAUGGCAAAGUGGAGAUCAUCGCCAACGAUCAGGGGAAUCGCACCACGCCGAGCUACGUCGCGUUUACAGAUACCGAACGGUUGAUUGGCGACGCGGCAAAGAAUCAAGUAGCCAUGAAUCCCGUCAAUACAAUUUUCGACGCUAAAAGAUUAAUCGGCAGACGAUUCGAAGAUCCAUCUGUGCAAUCCGACAUGAAGCAUUGGCCAUUUACAGUUAUCAAUGACGGAGGCAAGCCAAAAAUCCGACUGCAAUAUAAAGGCGAAGUGAAAUCUUUCUUCCCCGAAGAGAUCUCCUCAAUGGUUUUGACCAAGAUGAAGGAAACUGCGGAAGCUUACUUGGGUACGGCCAUCAGGAACGCCGUGGUCACGGUCCCGGCGUAUUUCAACGACUCUCAACGUCAAGCGACGAAGGACGCGGGCACUAUCGCCGCCCUGAACGUUCUGAGGAUCAUUAACGAGCCGACCGCAGCCGCCAUCGCUUACGGUCUUGACAAAAAGAGUCACGGUGAAAGGAAUGUUCUGAUCUUCGAUCUCGGCGGCGGUACUUUCGACGUAUCAAUACUGACUAUCGAUAAUGGUAUAUUUGAAGUUAAAGCAACAGCCGGCGAUACUCAUCUUGGCGGAGAAGAUUUCGAUAACCGUCUGGUCACACAUUUUUCGCAAGAGUUUGUGAGAAAAUACAAGAAAGAUCUGAUGAAGAAUAAACGAGCUGUUCGUCGGCUGAGAACCUCCUGCGAGCGUGCCAAGAGAACGCUAUCCUCUUCUACGCAGGCCAGUCUCGAAAUUGACGCUUUACUCGAUGGCAUCGACUUUUACACCUCGCUCACGCGCGCUCGUUUCGAGGAAUUAAACCAAGAUCUCUUUAAAAGCACUCUGGUGCCAGUGGAAAAGGCAUUACGCGAUUCUAAAAUGGAUAAGACAGAGAUCCAGGAUAUAGUUCUUGUCGGUGGAUCAACAAGGAUACCACGCAUUCAAAAGCUUUUACAGGAUUUUUUCAACGACAAGGAAUUAAAUAAAUCUAUAAAUCCGGACGAAGCUGUGGCCUACGGUGCGGCGGUUCAAGCUGCAAUUUUACACGGCGAUAAGUCCGAGGCCGUGCAAGAUUUGCUACUACUUGACGUGACUCCUCUAUCGCUUGGCAUCGAAACGGCCGGUGGUGUAAUGACAGCUCUUAUCAAACGCAAUACAACUAUCCCGUCGAAACAAACGCAGACGUUUACCACAUACUCUGACAAUCAGUCGAGCGUGCUGAUACAAGUUUACGAGGGAGAAAGGGCGAUGACCAAAGACAACAAUAUUUUAGGAAAGUUUGAGCUUUCUGACAUUCCGGUGGCACCACGAGGGACACCUCAGAUCGAAGUUACAUUUGACAUCGACUCCAACGGCAUCCUGAAUGUCUCCGCGACAGAAAAAUCGACGAAUAAGGAAAAUAAAAUAACGAUUACCAAUGACAAGGGACGUCUCAGCAGAGAAGAUAUCGAGCGAAUGGUGAACGAAGCGGAAAGAUAUCACGUGGAGGACGAGAAACAAAGGGAAAGAAUAACGGCUAAGAACAACCUGGAAUCAUACUGCUUUAAUAUAAAGAGUACAGUCGAGGAAGAAAAGGUCAAGGAGAAGAUAUCGGAGGCUGAUCGAAAGCGCAUCAGCGAAAAGUGUAACGAGAUUAUCAAAUGGAUGGACGCAAAUACAUUAGCACCAAAGAAGGAGUUCGAGACAAAGCUGAAAGAAGCUGAGAAGAUAUGUAACCCUAUCAUAAAAAAAUUAUAUGAAAGUACCGGUGCUGUACCAAACUUUCCAGGAUAUGGCAGACAAACUGCUGCUGGUAACAGUAGUGAUGGUCCGACUAUUGAAGAAGUAGACUAAUUAUGCAAAAUAAAUUAUGAGAAAGAAUUAAUAAUAUAUCAUUGGAAAAUAAUACAAUGUGAUUUCAGAGUUCCUUCAUUAAUGAACAAUUUUGAUAACGAUAUUA